AUGGCCAAAAUAUUGAAUUUUUUUCGAACUAUAAGAAAUAAUUGGAAAAAAUCCCUUAAUAUUAAAAGUAUUAAUAUCUUCAGUACUAAUCAAUUAAUGAGGCAAUAUUGUGAAACUGUAUCACAAUAUGGUGAUGUUCCACUUCCAACAAAUAUAAAACCUCGCCAUGUGACCAUUAUUUUAAAUCCAGCUGCCAAGAAAAGGAAAGCUAAAAAAUUAUUCCAAAAUUAUUGUGAACCACUUUUGCAUUUAGCUGGAAUUUCUGUUACUAUAAUAGAGACUCAAUCAGAAAAUCAUGCUCGAAAAAUUAUAAUGGACAUAGAUACACCUACAGAUGCCAUAAUAGUUGCAGGGGGAGAUGGUACUUUAUCUGAUGUUUUAACUGGAUUAGUAAGGAAAUAUGAUUCUGAUCUUAAUUCAGUUAAGCAGUGUCCUAUAGGUAUUUUACCACUAGGACAAACGAAUAAAAUUGCAAAAUCCUUGUAUCAUGAAUAUGAUAAUUUGUCUAAUGUAAAGCAAAUGAUAGAGGCAACAAUGGCAGUUAUAAAUGAGCAAUAUAAAAUGAUGGAUAUGAUUGAAGUUAAACCUAUUGAAGACAAUUCAGAGGAACCAGUAAAGUCAAUUUAUGCUAUGGGAUCAAUUGAAUGGGGUGCAUGGAAAGAUGCAAAUACUAUUGCUAACAAAUAUUGGUACUGGGGACCUUUGAGAAAAUAUGCAGCUUAUGUAUUUAAUGGUUAUAAAGAGAAUUUAAAUCAGUAUUGCAAUGCAAUAUUAAAAUAUACACUUCCUUGUGAAGGUUGUUCUCGUUGUACUCAAAAGAAUUCUUUACUAAGUGGAUAUUCUAAUUCAAAUACAAGGUGGUGGCAUGUAUUUAUACCAAAAAAUACUGCCACUAGAAGUAGCAUUGACUAUAGUAAAAUAAUAAAUGAAGAAUGUGACAUUGUUCAUGAACUGUGCAUGUCAGCAAGUGAACUGCAUAUAGAAACUUCUAACAUAAACAAAACACAAGGUGUAUCAUCACCAUCAUCUUUAAAAAUAAAAAUUGGUCCAAAAGGCAUUGAUUAUCUUUCUUUUGUGACUGAAGGCUGGAAACAAGAAAAUAGUAAUAAAUCAUUAUGUGAACAAGUGGUAGAAGCAAAAAACAUUAAGUUAACUCCCCAAAAGGUUGAUGAAAAAUGUUCAUUAUACAUUGACAAUGAGGAAUACGAACUAAAACCAGUUGAAAUUAAUUUGCUUUCACAAGCAGUAAAAGUAUUUUGUUCUCAUAUGAACAGUUAA